CUCCACCUGGCAUGCCAGUGUCAGCAGCCUGAGGGCGAAAGUUUUUGCGCAAUAUGGCGCCCUCUUCAUGAAGUUUGAUUGAGCCCGUCUUGAGCAGCACCGCAGUCACGGUGGCGCUGUCGAGGGCAUUUAUCAGGACCUGAUCUCCCUGCCGCAUUGCCUUCGGUUGCAGAUCAGCUCUUUUUUAACCGUGACCCCAAGAAGCAGCGCCUCCUAAGGUGGCGUUAGAAAGCAUUGACGCCAUCAGCAGUGGUCACUCAAUCCGCGCAGGUUGUCCUUGAUCAUCACUGGUUGGCUUUCUCUACACUGGGCCAUGUUUGUUGUCAAAAGCUGAUCAGAGGACACUCCUGCUCAGAGAUGGCAGCAGCUGUGCGGCUUCCCUCUCAAAGCAAAGCCUCCUUAAGGAAUUAUGCCGCAGGAUGUGAUGCGGGCUUGCGAGCAUCGCAUUCUGUGAUCCCCGCACUUCAAAGCAGAUCUGAUAAAUUGCUGGCAAAUCAGAGGGGUGCGCUCAGGCUCCCGAAAUCUGUCAAGUUGGAUAAGAAGUCAGCCGUUGCCACGCUUAGACAGGGGACUACGACCCGGACGGAAGUCACGUGCAGUUCAGCAUUGGACUCUAGCUUUCAAGCAGGGGGCGUAGGCACACAUCGCACAAGAUGGGGAUCAGGAUACGCAAUCAGAUCAAGGGCAAGGCUGCUGUUGAGAACGGCGAAGGGUGGGAUGAAUGGUCGUGGUCAUCCUUCUCAACAGGCCACACUCGACUUCCUUGCGUGUCAGUCUGCACUGGGGCCCAGGCGCAGGCCUUCUGUUCAAGCCAGAGCAUCCGAGUCAAAUCUGAUUGUGGAGAGACCCGCAAUCAAGCAAAAUGGCGCGCAGAAGAAGGAGAUCUACAAGGGCCUGGAGGACAGCCCUGCCAAAGUCGAAAGGUGCAUCAUCGUAGAUGAAGAGAAUCACGUAGUGGGGGAAGCGAGUCGACAAGACACGGUAGGCAAAAGGUUGUGGGGCCGGGGGGUGUACUGCCUGGUUCAGAAUCGGAGGGGCCAGCUCUUGGUGACGCAGAGGACUGAGGAGAAGGACUUGUAUCCAGGGCACCUAGACGUCGUCGUCUCAGGCUGUGUGAAUGUCGGGGAAGAGUAUUCGGACACAAUUGUCCGAGAGCUGUCCGAAGAAUUGGGCCUGAAAACCGUCGACAGGAAGGCGUUGACCCCGCUGUUUCUGUUCAAGUGGGUCGACGAGUACUGCCGCAUCUGGGGCUGCGGAUACCAUUACGUGACGGACUGCGAGACGUUUGAUCUGCAGGUGGAAGAAGUGCAGUGGUGCAAGUGGAUGGACCUUGAUGAGGUCGAGGAGCUUAUCCAGACCGCACGCUUCACGCCGGUGGGGCUCUCUGUGCUGCGUCGGUUCUUGAAAGAGCGGCACCUCCCGCAGUCCUAGUCCCCCGGUUGGACUUUUGUGUUGACUUCGCGUGCAAGAUCACGCAGCCUCGCUGUGCAAAGUCUAGGUAGCCUUCCGUCCUGUACAGUGUAUGCAGCCUUGCCGAGUAGCCAAACUCUUAUCUCGUGCUUUGUGUGCAAGGAUAGCCAUUGAACGCUUUGCUAGUCAAGAAAGUCUAGUGCAGUCUGUUUGUGAAUAAUUCUUUGUCUUAAGUGUGGGUUCGAGCAACAAUCAACGAGUAUUAGUAUAGCUUAAAGCCUGGGAUGUCAGUCAAGAAAGUUUGAGUGCCGUCAAAUCUAACACGGUCCAGAAAUUUAAAAAAACGUAUGUUUGAUCUGCAUGAUCUGUCAAUCUUGGCAACUCUUUCAUCGCG